AUGAUUUCCCUCUUGCACGCCGUCAUGCUCGUCGCGGCGCCCUCGAUCGCCGCCGCUCGCCCACCUACCUGCCGCGGGGACCCGUUCAUCAACACGCGCAACCGCACCGACGUCGUCAUUGAGCUCUUCAUCGGGUCUGGAGCUCUUCACCCGACGCUCGCCCUCACGACGCCUGCCUCGCGCAAACCCAACAAGACCGACAAGCCGUCCGCGGACCCGGAGCUCUCCAACGACCUGCCCUCCCCCUUUUGUCCCUUCAUGCGCGAGCCCUCGUCCGCGCCUGACCGCGCCCAGCAGCUGUUGUGGGCCGUCCUCCUGCUGCUCGGAGCAUGCGGCGUGCGGCUGUGCGGGUGGCGGCCGCCGCGCUUCGGUGCGGCCUCGGGGCGGAGGAGCAAAGGGCGCCUCGUGCGGUGCCGGACGGGGUUGUGCCGCGGCGCGUGGCUUCUCGUCGCGCUGCUCCCGCUCGCAUCCUCCUUCGAAGUCUACAUUGCCUCAACCGACGCUGGCCCGGGUCCAAGCGGCGGAUAUAACUUAACGCAGUGCCAAGGCACGCAAUUCAACCUAGACGCGACCGACAGAGUUUUCUGGCUGCGCCUCACCGACGUGCGCACGUUUCCCCUCGAUCUGCAUACCUGCGCGGCCAACACAGCCUGGGGCACCGACCUGUCCAUCUUCACGGGAAGCUGCGACACGCUCACGCAGGUGGCAUGCAACGGCAACGGGGAGGGUCUGAGCGGAUGCUACGAAGACUACUCUCGCAUCACAGGACUGCAGCUCACCGAAGGCGAGCAGUAUUGGGUGGUAGUUGGGCCCGGCCAUCUUGAUGACUCCGGCUACAUUCGGCUUGCGGCUGAAUAUCAGAUCCCAUCACCGCCGCCACCGCCAUCGCGACCGUCCCCCCCGUCUGCUCCCCCACGACCGCCGGCCGUCCCCGGCUUUGAUUUCGCCGCGGCGAGCGAGGACGAUCUCCGCUCCCUGAUUGUUGGGGCUGCUGCCGACGUCUCAAUCUACCUGCCGCCCAGCGACGUCGAGAUCAUCGAGUCGGUCGUGAGGGACUGCUCUGCUGGCGAGUCCGGCGGCGUCGUCUUCGCGUAUGACAGCGGUGCGGUCUCGAUAACCAGAUCGAAUGUGGAGGGGUGCUCGGCUGGCUUGGACGGCGGCGUCGUCAGGGCGUAUGACAGCGGUGCGGUCUCGAUAAUCGGCUCGACCGUGUCGGGCUGCUCUGCUCGAUGGGGCGGCGUCGUCUACGCGAGGCGCAGCGGCGCGGUCUCGAUAACCGACUCAGACGUGACGGGCUGCUCUGCUGAUAAGGGCGGCGUGGUCUGCGUGGUUGUGAGCGGUGUGGCCUCGAUAAUCAACUCGACCGUGACGCGCAGCACGGCUCGGGAGGGCGCCGUCGUCUUCGCGUGGUCAAGCGAUGCGGUCUCGAUAAUCGGCUCGACCGUAACGAGCUGCUCGGCUGGCGAGUCCGGCGGCGUCGUCUACGCGAGGUACAGCGGUGCGGUCUCGAUAACCAGCUCGGCCGUGACGGGCUGCUCGGCUGGCAAGGACGGCGGUGUAGUCUACACGGAUGAGAGAGGUGCGGUCUCGAUAAUCGGCUCGACCGUAACGAGCUGCUUGGCUGACGAUGACGGCGGCGUCAUCUACGCGAGGAAAAGCGGCGCGCACGGGGGCGUCGUCUACGCGGAUCGCAGUGUGGUCUCGCUCAUCGACACGACCGUGACGGGCUGCUUGGCUGGCCGGUCCGGCGGCGUCGUCAGGGCGUGGAACAGCGGUGCGGUCUCGAUAACCAGAUCGAACGUGAUUGGCUGCUCGGCUGAAAGGUGGGGCGGCGCUGUGAACGCGAAAGGCGCAGGCGACGUCGAGAUCAUCGACUCGACGGUCAGAGACUGCUCUGCUUCUUAUUACGGCGGCGUCGUCCACGCGUCUGACAGCAGUGCGGUCUCGAUAAUCGGCUCGACCGUGACUGGCUGCUGGGCUGGCGAGUACGGCGGCGUCGUCUACGCGGUGAACAGCGGUGCGGUCUCGAUAAUCGACUCGACCCUGAGGAACUGCUCUGCCACUUAUGGCGGCGUCGUCAACGCGCUUGAGAGCGGUGCGGUCUCGAUAACCAGCUCGAAGGCGACGGGCUGCUCGGCUUACUUUUUCAAGAUCCUGUUUGGCUUCUACCAGAUUGUCACCGUCUUGUCCACCACCUACUCCACGCGUCUGCCUCCAGAGUACACGGGCUGGACCGACGCAGUGGCCGACGCCGUCUCCAUCGACUGGUCGGGCCUUUACUUGCCACAGCAGUGCCUCGGCUACGGUUUGCGGCUGCUCGGCAUCGCCCUCUCGCCCAUCGCCCUCAUAGCGCUGCUAAUGAUCGCUGGAGCCUACACUGUCUCUCCGCCCGGCGAGUCGCUGCGGCAGGUCUCCUACAUGCGAUUGGACGCGAGCGUCGAGUGCGGCACCGAGGAUCACGAGUCUAUCCCCGGCCUCGCCAUCGGCCUCAUCGUCCUCUGGCCCGUCGGCUCGCUGGUCCUGUUCACGGCGCUCCUCUUCGCUUGCCACAAGCCGCUGCAGGCCAAGACGCCGACGGCGCUGACGCGAGCGACCGCCUUCCUCCAUCGGGAGUACAAAACGACCUUUUACUGGUGGGAGGCGUUGGAGCUGGCGCGCAAGCUCGUGCUGACGGGCUUCGUCCUGCUGAUCCCGGAGGAGAAUGCCUUGCUUCGGCUCGUGGUGGCAACCCUCAUCUGUUCCUGCUACGUCGCGCUCGUCGCCGCCACCAAGCCGUACAAGCGUGUCGAGGAUUCUGUCCUCGCCGUCGCGAUGAGCCUCAUCCUCCUCAUCGUCUUCCUCGGCGCCAAUUGGACCACCAUCUUCCUCCGAAUCGUGGAGCGCUCCGGAACCGAUGAUGCCUCUGCCGUAUUCGGUUUCAGCAAGCUUAACCCGAUCGUCAGCACGAUGAUCGGCCUGGCCGGCGUUGCGCUCUUGAUCUCCCUCGCCGGCGCCGUCGUCGCCGCCCGCCUCACGGCCAAGGUCCCAACGAUCCGCCUUGUCUCCACCAAGCAGCCGCCCGAACUCACCCUCGCGCGGGGCCUCGCGUGGCACCUCUUCCUCUCGCACAUUUGGUCGACUGGUCAAGACACCGUCGGAGUCAUCAAGAGCGAGCUGCAGCUGCUGCUGCCAGGCAUCAAAGUCUUUCUCGACGCGCGCGCGCGCAUGUUCAUCGCGCCGCGGCUACUUCCGCUCACCGGCGCUCGCACGCCGCCCGGCCACGCCUCCCCAACGCAGCGCGAGCCGCCGAGCCCCCCCUCGACACUCCCCGCAGCUCACCCUUCGCUCCGCGCGCGCCGCCAGAAUUGCCUCCGCGAGAUCCGGGCGACGCUCGAGCAGAGCAAGCCGCUCGUCCUCGUGCAAGAAGCAGACCCGGCCAAGGGCGGCGGGACGCUGCAGGCGCUGCGCGAUGAGUGCCCUGACGAACUGCAGUCGGACAUCUUUGACCAGGGCCGCACGCAGACGACGUGGUAUCGCAUCGAGGAGUUCCAGCGCGUCUCGCUCAAGACCAUCGCGGUGCUCCUCUGCUCGCCCGACUACGACGGGCUGGACGCCCUCGGCCUGUACGUGCCGGGUGAGCCGCGCAUCCACUCGUUCGCCCUUGCGAAGCCCGUGACGCUCUGGGCCUCGCCGGCCAACGCGGGGUCGGUGGAUCUGGCCAACGAGCUCGCCGCCGCCUUCGCCGGCCUCACCGUCUCCACGGCCGAGGACCGCGGCUCUGACACCUGGUCGGACGAGAGGCUGGCCGAGCAGGUCAGGCAGGCGCGCGAGGACAGGCUGCCGAUCGUGAUGGCGCACGAGAACGACCCCGAAAAGGGCGGCGUGCCCUUCUCGCGCUUCUUUGAGACCACGCCGCAGGAGAGCGACUCUCUCAGAGGCGCGGCCAUCCCGCCGUGUCCCAUGCCCUCCACCUCUCCUUCCAAUGCACCGCAGGAGCUCAUCGCCGGAGGCCUCUACAAGGACCUGGCGAAAUCGUGCUACCCGGGGCGCCACCACGAGGCGCGCGGCAGCGGAGGGCGUUCUCCGCGCCGGGUUGACCUCCGCCGCUGGAAGAGCCUCGUCUGCCGCGCCGUUGGCGGCCUCUUCGAACGGCGGCUCCCGUGGUGUACCUGUGUUAGUGCCAUGCCAGUCCCGUCCCCAGUGUUUGCUCAUUUCGCCCAGUUACCCCCAUUUCCAGCUGGGGAGACUUUUUCGUGGCAAACCUCGUCACACGAAGGAGGAGCUAGCGUGGAACUUUGGAUGCAUAUCGGCAAGCCAAAGUAA